CACAGUCUUGGUUUGGAUCUUUGACUUUAUGAUUCGUGCUUGAAAACUGAGUACGCUUUUGCAAGAUGGCUUCAUCAUAAAUCGACAAACGGUUUUGUACGCAAACAAACAGUGACCGCAGUUUCGAUAGUAAAGUGCGUAAUCUUGCGCAUUUGUCUUGCGUUAAUUCAAUUAACGCACAAUCAAGACGUCAGUUUAAAUUCGGACGUAAACCAAUGUUUUAUGAUAUAGUGUCAAAGAGUCCCGAUGCUCGAUUAUAGAAUUAUCUUUCAGGAAGAGAAUGCCCUUCGUUAAUUUUUUGCUGAAACUUAUAGAAUUUACUGAGUUUAUUGUGUUUCAAGUUAUCAAGAUUUAGAGAGUUUUAAAAUUGAACUCUCUUUCUCUCUCUCUCUCACAACACUGAUUAAUACAUCAUCAAAAAGAUGAGCGCCAGACUCUUAAAAGAUCCUGCUACUGCGUCUAGUCGCAUAUUUGUGGGCCAUUUACAAACUGAUGAUGUUACAAAGUUAGAAUUGGAAGAACAUUUCUCCAAAUAUGGAACUGUUAUAGCGUCGAUAAUAAACAGAGGCUUUGGAUUUGUGCAAUUUGAGGAUGAACAAUCUGCUCAGAAAGCUAUACAGAAUGAAGAUGGCGCACUGUUUAAAGGCAGACGUAUAGAUGUCAGACCAGCCAAAAAAGAUAAUCAAUCUGGUGGAAAUGCAGGCAAUUCAAAUGCAAAGCAAAUGAGUGGAUUGAAUAAUCAAUUCAAUUCUAUGAAUAAUCAAUUUAGUAAUGCAGCAACUGACUCUUUUGGUACAAAUAAACCAAAUUAUAUUGGCAGUAUGAAUCAGAAUUUUGGGAAUGAUAGUACUUUUGCUAACAGUCAAAAAGACUUAAAUCCUCAAAAUAGGAAUAGCGGAAACAGUAACUUUGAUGAUGGAAAUCAAACAGGAAAUAGCGACAAUGACCAAUAUAAUGGGAAACAUAAUAAUAAUAAUAAUAAUAACAAUGGAAACGAUCCUUUUAAUAAUCCCGCUCAAAAUCGUGGAAACAAUCAAUUCAAUUUAGGUAAUCCAAAUCGUGGAAAUGAUCAAUUUGUUGCUAGUCAUGGCAAUCAAAAUAGAGGCAUCAACAAUCAGUUUGGAAAUAAUAAUCAGAUGGGAAAUCAGAAUAGGCCUGGAGGAAAUCAGAAUCGUAAUCAAACUAAUCCAGGCAAUAACCAAAAUCAAAAUGCUGUUUCUGGUGGUGGGGCAAUGGGUACCGGAGGCGGUACCCAUAUUCAUAGAACACGAGGAGCGAGAGGUGGAAAGAAUAGAAACAAGAAUAAUCAGAACAAUCCAAACAACGCGAAUAAUUUCAGAGAUCGAAGCCCAAUUAAUAGAGGUAAUCGAAUAGAGGACAAAGUAAAUAGAGAAUGGGAUCAUAAACAAGGAGAUAGACUACGUGGCAACAAUUUUGCCAGAGAUUCAUUCAAUGACGGUGGAAAUCGUUAUGAUGAUUUCAAGACGUCUGGAACAAGAGAUGCAAAUGCGAGUUUUGGAAAUGUCAGUGGAGCAUCAAUGGAUUACCUGGCAACUGAAAAGAAUGACUGCGAAAUUAUCGUCGUUAAUAAGGCGUUAACGAAAUAUGCAGAAGAUAUUGAAUUACGAUUAAAGCAGAUCGGCUUAAUGGUAGACUUGCUGUUUCCGAACGAGGACGUUCCCUUAGGCCGUGUUUUGGGAAAUAUCGCGAGUCGUGGCUGUUUAUACGCCGUAGUAGUAACACCCAUCAAUCAUGAACACCAUUCUUUGACACUGAAUAUUUUACACGGAUUACCACAAGAACAUAGGAAUAUGCCAGUUGAAGAUGCUAUAAAUUUAAUUUCACGAGAUUUUACGAAUUACAAAGCCGGCGGCCGUUCGGUUCCUCUAAAUACACCUCUCGCAAGCGAGCGUCAUCCGGACGCUAUACAGGUUUUACUAAACAUGCUGGCUGACAAUCAUCAACUUACGGUUCUGCAGUACGAUCGUGUCAUAAAGUAUCUCGAUAUGAAACGCGAGGAACAAGUACAAGUUGAAUUGGGCGACGCGAAGGAUUUGCCGGUAAAAGCGCCGCUCACAUCGAUCAACGAUCCAAAACAAGCAGAGUUACAGACGCGAAUACUGAAUAUUCUGAAUAAUAGUAAAACAAGCGCGCCAAGAGCGGCAGAACCGAGCCCGGUACCACCACCAGCUUCGGCACCAGUUCCAGUUCCACCAGCUAAUUGGGGAACAGCAUCAAACACGGCCACAACAUCAUCCACGACGACCGCAUCCACGGGAGUUUCACCGUCGCCUCUUCUAAACGAUCCGACAGUUCAGAAAGCACUCGACAGUCUAUUGCAAGGUAAUCUAUUGAAAAAUAUCGGUGAUCAGCAACCAUCAACCACGACGACGAGCGGAACACCAUUAUUCGCUGCUUUCUCCAAUAUCGGUAGAUUUUAAUCGGAUAUAAAUUUAAUUGACAUA